AUGUCGCAACAACAACACCCACCGUUCACUUGUUGGGUAGAGUUUAGUAACAAGAAAGACAAACUCACCUUCGAGAACACCGCCAACUAUAAUCGUCUCAUCCCUGUCAUCAGAGGUUCCAAACAACUCUCUGUAGGUUACGGUUCUAUCGAUUUGUUCUCUGAUGCAGCCAAGACCAUUCAACUUGAUGUUGAGACUCCAGUCGAUAGGAAUCUUCAGCGAAUCUAUGUCGCCACCACUCAACCACAGCAAGUGGUACCAACAGCUGAGCUUGUACUUUCAUGGCUGAUCAGGAGAUAUGGCAAUCCCCGUGAGCCGCCACCCUUUACCUCUCACUCCUUGCCAUUGGAAGGAAGAGACAACGAACUCAAUAAGAUCAUUGGCAAUGUGCUCACUCGAAUCGCAUUCCUCGGAGAUGGAAACAAGAAUAAUCAUCCAUUCAACGUCAUCUAUGGUGCUCCAGGCAUUGGCAAGACACGUAUCCUUGAGAGCAUUGGCGAUUAUACAAGAAAGUCAUCCAAGCUACCUACACGCCAGAUCAAUAUCAACAUUUCUUUCGGCAGCAAAACACCGUACAAACCCAAUAGCAUCGUGGAAUCCUCAGCAAGACUCAGUUUGUGCACUCGAAUCCUCUUCAGAUACUUUGUCGAUGGCUCCAACAUUACGUCAUUCGAUGGUUUUGUCAACGACCUCUUAGAAUCAUUUAUUCACGAAAAGAUAACUACCGAGCUCUGCUUCCGUUGUAUAAGGCUUUGGAAACAACAAGAAGAUCAAACUUUCAAUGACAGUUUGGAGACUCCCAUUGCAGAGAAUGAUGUAAUAUUGGUCAACUUUGGCAUUGAUGAGUUUCAAAGAACUCUUACAUCAGAUUCGGAUCUAGAAAUGAGAAGAUCCAAGCUCAAAGCAAUCAUUCGAGAGGAGCUAGCAACUCUCCAUGUUUCGUCAUUCUCAUCAUUCUUUUUCAAUAUCUCUCUGGCUGGUAUACACAUUGGCGAAAUCUCCGAGAUCAUUCACGAGGAAUCAUCUCAUGGCUACAUACCGCUCUCACUACAAUUUCUCUCCUCUGGAGCCCUGAAGAGCAUCAUUAACUCUCUUGAACCCAAAUUCCAAACCAGAGACAUCAUGAGAGCCCUCGAAUUCACAGGAGGAUGGCCACGACCAUUGGAUAUCAUGAUUAGGCAUAUCAAGAAAGAAAGCUUCAAUCUGAACAACAAAACAAGCGAGAUCCUUGCACAAUGCAAAACCUCCUUUCAAUACGACUAUGGCACAAUCAAUAAAAACUUCUAUCCAUCAAUCAUUGCCUAUUCGAUAUGUGGAGUCAGUAACGCUGAAGGCACCAGAUUACAAUCAGGUGACUCUUCAUAUACCUUAGAACAACUACAGAGCAAUGGUCUACUGUCUCUCGGCCCUGAGAAUGUUGUCAAGCUUCCACUCUACUUCAUUUACAACUAUAUCGAUUAUCAGCCACAUAAUUUCUAUCCAAACCACGUUCCAACCAUGUACCAUCAUCUGAAGCUUGCUCUCAAUAUUGUCCAAGACGGAGAUUACUCAUUUGCUCAGUUUGAAAAACUCGCAGGUCACUAUCUCGUCGCAAGGAUGACAGCAUUCCAUUUUAUCAAGACACCAUAUCACUCUCUCAAUUCCAAGACUCUUUCUCCCCAACCAAUCACUCUCCAAGAACUUUUUGGCAUAGAUGCAAGCUACUAUCCCAAUCGACUCCGAGGUACUACAUUCCAUGUUAGUAACAACACGACCUAUAUCGAGGCACCUCGCCAUGAACCGGAAUCAACAAGAUCAAUGGACAAUUUCUCUCUUGUUCUCAAUGCUCCAGGUGGACUUGUCGACGUUUCUGUACGAUCUUCAGAUCUGGACACAGUCCAAUAUCUUUUCAACUCUAUGAAAUUCACAAAUUCCAACGAUACCAUCAAGGAUCGAGAACUGUACAAUUGUCGUGAAGUCAAACUUGCUUCAAUAUUGGAUAUCGACCAAAAGAAAUAUGUUUCCGUUCUACAUCCCAACAAAUGCCUCACUCCGACUACGAUGAAGAAAUUCCUUUCCUCCACCGGUUGGGAAGACGAAACUCAAACACCAAUGGAAGAUAACAUGGAGACCGAUGAGAAUCAAGGGCAAGAAGAAGAGGAAGAUAUUGAACAAGAAAAGGAUCAAAAGGAGGUGAGGAAGAGGAAACAACAGAAGUCCGAGAAACUUCCUAAUUUCACAAAAGGCAUCAACCAUAUUCUGAUCAAUCGUCAACCAAAUGGUCUUGAUCAUCAAUAUUUCACAAUCUUUGACCAGUUCCUUUGA